CUCGACCUGUAUAAUUUCUCGCUAUUCUUUUUGUGUCUCGAGAACCCAACGUGACAGACUCGCUACAAUGCGCCUGCCCCGCCCCUGGACAGUCCUGAGGAAGCCCACCCUCAUUCCCCGUCUGCAUGGCCCACUAAUCCAACGACACCUCUUCCACCCCUGGUUUACCAUCCCCCAGGAGGACAUCGACUGCGUCACCAUCCCAAAAGGUCCUCCUCUCACAGAUGUCCCCCUGAACUUUCCUCCCGACCUUCUGCGUCGGAAUCAAGAGAACUACUUGACCUAUAUUUCCAGGCUUCUGCAGCGUUACGAUGGCAGGACAUGGGGGUUCCCAAUUUUCAGAGUUUUCUCCACCUCCCCCAGCAGCGCCGAGGACAAGGAGAAUCUGUGGUCCGCCUACCUCCUCAGCUUGUACCGCGGAGUCUACAAAAGUUUCCGGGGAUUUGAGAAUGUCCGCACUAAGCAAGCUCAGCUUAGUCCAGUUCAGACCAAUGCACUGUUCCCCCGGUUCUACUGCCCAGUCAUCCAGCCCGACGUGCCCAUCCUGGACAAGAACGGGGAUGGCGGACCGGGAAUUGGCCCUGCGACCCGCGAUGCUAUCCGCACCCGCUUUGCAGAUUGGGUCUCCAACACCACCGAAGAACGGGACGGACCCGGCGCGGUGGCAAUGCGAGAUGCGGACACUCCGCAGUACCGGAUGUGCCUGAUUGUCGAUGAUUACUGUCUGGAGCAAUUCAAGGCGGCGCAGACUGACGGAGAGCAUUACGGUGCUCCAAUCAUCGUGCUGGAGCGGGACUGGACGCUAGACAAGUAUCGGGGGUUCUACCGGGGGGAGUGGACGGAUGGAGAGACCCACAAACAGCCGCCAGAUGAACCAAGUGAGGAGGAGUGGGAGCCCGAAGAUGAGAGUCUGCUGACGUUUUUUGAGGAGGUGGAAGGAUCGAGGGCGCCGCUUCUGGGCUGGAUGUAUGCGCGGUCGAAGCGUCUUGGUUCUCUGUACGCGAGGAUUGAGAUGGAGUCGUACCACUCGGCGUUCUAUCAUGCGUAUGCACGACCCCCAGGCAUUUAUCCUGAUGAUUCUGAUGCUUAUUGGAAGUAUGAGUGGUAAUUCUGUAAAGUUUG